AAGAAUUCAAACCAAAAUCUAUCAUUUCAACUUAUAUUCUGAAUAGUUCCUUCCAUGGAUUUCGAUUUCUAGUGGAAAAAGAACGUCAUUGGUCCGAAAAACUGUUUUGGUUGGUUUGUUGCAUGUUGAGUUGGUUAGGCACGUCAAUGUUGAUUCGUGCUAAUUGGGAUGAUUACCAAAACAAUGCAAUUCAAUUCGUGGCUGAGACGAGCUACCUGGAUUGGGAUACUCAGUUUCCAUCAGUUACAGUCUGCGAGGUCGAUAAUCAGGAUCGUAUUGCUGAUGUUACCGAUGAGAUUUAUGGUGAUCCACAUGACUAUAAUCUCGAUGAAGUUGUAAAAGAAUUGGUUUAUUACAAAGGAUUGAAUUUUUACACUUUGCAAAUCUGUGGCGAUCCAGAAACGAGAAAUGCGGCUUGCAGUUUAAGCAAUUUCACAGUAUUUUCAGAUAUGGUGAGAAGUAAUUGUGAGCAGAUUUUUGCAAAGUGUAUGUGGAAUAAUAAGCCCUUCGACUGUUGCAAAUAUUUCCAUCCGAUGAAUACAGAACUAGGCGUGUGUUUCAGUAUAAAUUCGAGACAAACAACUGCAAAAAAGCCGGAAUUUUUCGAUAUGAUUUCCAAUAGAAAAGUAGGAGUUGGCACGUUUUAUUUAGAAAUCAAAGUUUUCUCAAAUAUUUAUGUUCUUGGUGAACAGGAAGUACCAUCAUUGACUACUCUACAAACGGAAAUCUUACAAAUUAGUCCCCAAAUCAGAUACCACAGAUAUUUCGCGCUAACCGAAAUUGAAAAUCAAGCCGAAGUCCGAGAUGUGUCAAUUGUUCAACGAAACUGUAGAUUCAUGGAUGAGAGUUACCUGAAUGUUUAUAAAUACUACAGUUACUCAGCUUGUUCAGUCCAGUGUCGACGGGACGCUCAACUUGCUCGCUGCAAUUGUUCUCAUCAUUUAAUUCCAAACACAAAACCUGAACAACAAUGUACAAUCACAGGUCUUGAAUGUCUGAACAAAAACUAUGAUGAUUUGGCUGUCUUGAAAGCUCCAUGGGCCAAACGUAAAGGAAUUGUAUGUUUCUGCGUUCCCAGCUGCACAGAAAUAGAGUUAUCCAUCGUCAAAGAUGAUAAAUCAGGAAUUGAUGAUAACUACGCAAUCGUUGAAUUAUCCUUAGACAGAUUACCUUCUGAGAGAUUCAAGAGAAGUGUAGUCAAAGGCAGACUAGAUUUAGUUGUUUCAAUGGGCGGAACUACGGCUUUGUUCAUCGGUGCGAGUUUGUUGAGUUUUGUCGAAAUAUUCUAUUAUCUUCUAUUGAGGCCACUUUCUAAUUAUAUUUUAAGAAGAAAGCCUACUAAACCAAAUCAAAAGCAACAAAAUCAUAAAUAUGUGACAAUAUCGUACACCCUGUAUGUUGAUUUGGUCUUUUAUCGUUUCUAA